CUGAGCACGGACGUCUCUACGAAGAGGCUCGCUCCGUAACGCUAGUCAAUUGUCGCAAACCCCACAGUCAAUUACUGCCUUCCAUUUACAUCGCGAUACUCGUCCCGUCGAGAUAGGAAAUUGGGAAUUUUUGACAUUUUUAACGUACUUAAUAACGUAAUGUGCAGGGCUGAAUGAAUGCCGGUAGCGUCGGGGGUACAAAACAUUUUCCGGUGGCGUGUGUUAGUUACGUAAGUUAUCCGGGGAAAAUCAAUAUCCUAGUCGUAUAAAUAGCGGCGGUUGAGAACAGCUGGCCGAAAGCCAUGCAGCCUACGAGGAUGCGGCGUCCCCGCCGGCACCGCUGGCUGACGGUGUCCAUAUUCUUCAUCGCAUAUUCCGUGUUCCAAGCCGUGAUUGGAAGCCCCUCGGAGCCUGUCAAGGACCUCCCGGAGAACACACCCGUACCGGCUGCUACUGUCAAACUUGAUGAUAAAGAACCAUUGAAAGUGACUCCAAGCGUAGCAACAUUCGGAGAUAGAGUCACAGAUGGCGGUAAAAAGGCUAUGAAGGAAUUGGAUGAGGAGGAAGAAGGGGAAAAGAAGAGACAGAAAGAUGCUGGUUAUGAGGAUGAUAAAGAAACGGCUGAUAUUCGCAAAGAAGAGGAAAUAUUAGAGAUGUCGAUAGCUACGGUACAUCCUCUGAGAUAUAAUUGUACUCCUCCGGCCAUUGAACAGUUCCCCCGACCGCUUAUGGGCCAAAACGCGCGCAAGCACGGCGGGCUCAUCAUACACAUACUUGUGUGUGUGUUCACUUUUAUUGGCCUGGCUAUUGUGUGUGAUGAAUACUUUGUGUGCAGUUUGGAUCGGAUCUGUGAAGAACUAAAGCUAGCGCCCGAUGUUGCUGGUGCGACUUUCAUGGCGGCGGGUUCUUCCGCGCCUGAAUUAGCUACUGUCGUGAUUGGAGUGUUCUGUGCGCAGGAUGAUAUUGGUGUAUCCGGAGUGAUAGGUUCCGCGGUAUUCAACAUAAUGUUCGUAAUAUCUGUCUGUGCGUUGUGCGCGGGCACAGUGUCGCAUCUCAACUGGUGGCCGCUCUGUAGAGAUUGUUUCUUCUAUGCAAUCUCUAUAUUGGUGAUGCUGUGUACGAUUGCAAAUAAUUAUGUUUCUUGGCCGGAAGCGCUGUUCAUGCUGAUAAUGUACGGCGUGUACUGCGUGGCGCUGCGCUUCAACACUGCGCUGGAGGCCUGGGUGCUCACGUGGCCGCUGCCCUUCAAGCUGCCCACUAGGGAGGAACAGGCCGCGCUUGUCACUUACAAAAGUGGCGGCCAACCGCCCGCACCGCCGGCCGCGCCCUACAGCAACGUGGACGGACAGACUAAGGACUCGCCUGUUGACCCCGCUCCGUACAACCCGGGUGGCGCGUACGAGAACGCGGCGUACAACGCGGAGCCGGCGCCCGUGUGGGACCCCGCUAGUGCCUGGGACGAUACCAAUAAUGCUUGGAGCCAGGAGACGUCGCUGCAACAACCAGCUAACCAAAGUUGGAACGUAACUCAACAGCCACAACAACAACAAGACGUACAAACGCCCCAAACGCCGGGACAAGCGGAACAACAACCUCAACAACCACCACAGCCACAACAACAGCCGUACUACAAAGCGAAAGAAUACAACCCAGAGACUGCCGUCGACCCGCUCGUUAAACCCAUUGGAGCCAACUUCGUGCAACUCGCGUGUUGGUACGUCGCGUUCCCGGUGCACUGGUCGUGUCGCCGCACGAUGCCGGACUGCCGCGGGCGGUGGUAUCCCAUCACCUUCAUCAUAUCGAUGCUGUGGAUCUCCUUCUAUUCGUACUUUAUGGUCUGGAUGAUUACUGUUAUUGGCUACACCCUGGGCAUCCCGGACACAGUGAUGGGUCUGACGUUCGUUGCGGCCGGCGUGUCCGUGCCCGACGCGCUUUCUUCACUUGCUGUCAUCAAGGAAGGUUACGGUGACAUGGCGGUAUCCAACGCGGUGGGGUCCAACGUGUUCGACAUCCUCGUGUGUCUUGGUCUGCCGUGGUUCAUACAGACCGCCAUCAUACACCCCGGCAGCCAUGUUAAUGUUAUAAGCAAAGGUCUAAUCUACUCCACUCUAUCCCUAUUCUCGACGGUAAUAUUCCUAGUGCUCGCGACCCACGCGAACGGCUGGAAGCUCGACCGCAAGUUCGGCGCCGUGCUCAUGGUUUGGUACUUGCUGUUCAUUACAUUGGCCAGUCUGUACGAGCUCAACGUGUUCGGCAUAUACCACCCGCCGGACUGUGUGUCCGCGUACUAGACGUUUGACAGGUGACAAGUGACAGCUGACAGUUGGCGGGUGACAGGUGACAGGUGGCGGGUGACGGGUGACAGCUGUCAAGUGGAAGCGGUUUUUUUU